GGGGGCGGUCAAAUCCCUGCAGCCCACCGGGCGCCUUCCUCCCCCGCCUCCCAGCCCCCGGGCCGCUCGCAGCUCCCGGAACAGCUCCAUGUCAGCGGCCAUGGCGAUGAACCUGCUGGAGGAUUGGUGUCGGGGGAUGGAGGCGGAUAUCCACAGGUCCCUGUUGGUCACGGGCAUCCCCGAGGACUGUGGCCAAGCGGAGAUCGAGGAGACCUUGAACGGGGUUCUGUCUCCCCUGGGCACCUACCGGGUGCUCAACAAGAUCUUCCUUAGAGAAGAGAACGCCAAGGCAGCGCUGGUGGAAGUGAGCGAGGGGGUCAACCUGAGCUCCAUACCCCGCGAGUUCCCGGGCAGGGGUGGGGUGUGGAGGGUCGCCUGCAGGGACCCCACCCAGGAUGCCGAGUUCUUAAAAAAUCUGAACGAAUUCCUGGAUACCGAGGGCCGAACCUGGGAAGAUGUGGUCCGACUCCUGCAACUCAACCACCCCCCAAGACCUCAGAACCAGCCUGCAGAGAGCUGGGCUGGGGCUUUGGGGGUGCUCCUGGGGGCGGUGGUGCAAAUUGUGGUGUACAUGGAUGCUGAGAUGAGAAACCGAGAGGAAGCCAGGGCGUUGGAGAACGCUGAGCUGGAGGAGGAGGCUGCCUGGCUCCCUGCAGGGAGGAAGAAGGUCAAGAAGGAACGGGGCCUGGUGGCAGCAGACCUGACCUCUGUCUUGAAGAUGGAACACCCAGGCCACUGGAAUGGCCGAGAUGGCCAGAGCGACUCCCCUAAACCUUUAGGGCGCAGGGCUGGAGCUAAAUCUCGCUCCAGGAGGAAGAGGAACCGAAGAGCCAACAAGCAGGAGCCGGUGUCUUGGAAAGAGUCUGGAGAUGGCCAGCUCAGCAGCUCAGCCUACUUGUCGGGCCAUCAGAUGCGUGACCCCGAAAACAUGGAGGUCUCUGAAUCCAUCAAGAGCAGCAAGAAGCCCUGCAUAAAGCAGGAAGCAUCGACUUCGAAGAAAGCCCUGGCAAAAAAUGUCUGGAAGGUUCCCAGAGACCCUCCUCGACGUCCCUUGAUGCAAACGAAGACCCCUGCAGGUGGGGAGGAGUGGGAGCAAGAUGGGGGCCUGGAGAGACCCCCAAAGAAGAAGGUCCUGAGCUGGGCUUCGGCCAAGAGUUCUGCCUUCCUGAGGAGGAAGAAGAAGGUGAGCUUGGGUCCCGUCUCUUACGUCCUGGUGGAUUCUGAAGGCACCACAAGAAAGAAGUCGAGGAUUGCAAAGAGAGGAUUGGCCUCCAGGAAACCGGGGGCCAACCACAGGGCCCCUCAAGGCCAGCAGCCCACAGAAGUGCUGGCCUCAACAUCCAGGGGCCUGAAGGCCAAGCCACGAGGCCUUCCUUGCACCUCCAAAGGCUCCCGGAAGCUCUGAUUUGGGGGACUCCCCCACAUAUCCGAAGAGCUAUGAGAGAGAAGGCCAAGGAGCAAGUCCCAAGUCUGAAGCAAACCUCUCUCAUCUUUAACCGCAGCAAGGCUUUGGACUCUGAGGGCCCCGGUUUGUGGCUAUGGCUGGGGGGGGGGAGGUGGGAGGAACUGGGAGAGGGGGGUGUUUCUUGCCUUUUUUCUCUCUGGGGCUGCUUCUCACCUUUCUCUACUCACCUUCAGAGCCCGGGAGAGUUGGUAAGUGGCUUGGGAAAAUUCUAGAACAUUCCUUUCCCUUUAUGCAUGCAUGAGCACAGUCCCCAUUCUGCUUCUUCAUGCUCACACUUCCUCCCCGACUCCCCAGGGCUUCUGUGGGGCCCGGUGGGGGAAGGAGGGGUCAGUUGAUUUGCAGGGCCUGGCAUUUUGAAGGUCAGGAUGACUACUUUUCCUU